AUGGUCGAUCCACCACAGCCACCGCCUCAGCAGCAAGCGAACAGCGUACAUAACCCCAUUCAAAGUUUCUCAGCCCAGCCGCCGGAGAGAAUCAACAUCCGGAAUCAAAUUGACAAGGCGAGAAUCUGGAAAGAUUGGAGUCAGCAAUACGAGUGGUUCGAGCUAGCAGCAGGAAUUAAACAGCUCCCGGCGGAAAGGCAGGUCGGCAUCCUCAUGAACAGUCUGGGACCGGAUGUAAUAGGAACGUUUACGGGAUUCCAACUGACGGAAGAGGAGAAAAAAGACCCGAAUGUGAUCAAGCGAAAGUUUGCCGAAGCGUUCAACCCUACUGCUAACCCUACGUACAUCACGUACAUAUUCCUGAAGACUGACCAAGGCCCGGAUGAAAGUUUUGACAGCUUUCUUAUUAAGCUGCGACAGGCUAUUGUGGAUUGUGAUUUCAAUACUCCACAGGAAGGUAUGUCUACGGAAGAUCGACUGCUAAAGGACAAAAUCGUGCUGGGAGUGCGCAGUCAAAAAGUUCGGGAGAAGCUCCUCAGUGACUCCAAGUUGACCCUUGAGAAAGCAAUUCAAAUCUGCAGAUCCAGUGAAAAGAUGACGGAAACGUUGCACCAGAUCAGCUCUGACACGAAGAGUUGCGAUGCCAUCAAGGGAAGAGAAGCUGAUAAACCUUUCAACUGCCGUAGGUGUGAAACUAAGCACGGAAAGAAAAGUUGUCCUGCAUUCAAGAAAACCUGUCCUGUUUGCAACAAAACUGGACACUUGCCAGAGUGCUGCUUCAAAAAGAGCAAGGACCGGGAAUCGUCUAGCAGUAGUAGCAAGAAGAAUAAGGAGAAGAAAACAGCGUCUAUCGUACAGGAAACAGAAGAUUCGUCGGAAGAGGAACAUGUGAACCUGCAUCUGCACGCAAUUCAAGCUCAGAAGAACUCCAGGACGGAUGAUGACGAUUGGUUCGAGGAAGUGUUCGUGGGACCUGCGAAAAUUACGUUAAAGUUGGAUUGUGGAGCACAAUGCAAUGUUUUGCCAUUGGAUCUGGCUAGGAAAACUGGCGCGAAGUUACAGGACUCAUCGACCAAGUACAUCGUCUCGUACAAUGGACACCGGAACAAGGUGGAAGGCGAAUUCACAAUGAAAAGUGUAGUGAAAGGUAAAGAAGAGAACAUAACCUAUAAAGUUGUGGAUCUAGACGUCGUUCCUGUUCUUGGAAGGACCAGUUGCGUGAAGCUGAAUCUGCUUAGGCGAGUACACGUCGUGAGAGAGGACACCAACAUUUUCAAAGGUUUGGGCUGUCUGAAAGGAUUUGAGUACGAGUUGGACUUUAAGCCGGACGCAAAAUUCGAGAUUCGACCAGCAAGGAUGAUUCCGCACAAAAUUCGAGGAGAAGUGAAGGAGGAACUGGAAAACAUGGUGAAACUGGGAGUUAUAAGGAAGCAAGAAGAACCAACACCAGUGGUAAGCAACCUAGUAGUGGUCCGGAAGAAUAAGAAGAUUCGACUGUGUAUUGAUACGACAGACGUGAAUAAAAGCAUUCUCCGCAGACACUAUCCACUCAGGACGAUUGAGGAGAUUGCGGCAAGGAUCCGUGAUUCAACUUGGUUCACCAGACUGGACUGCAAGAAGGGCUUUUGGCAGAUCCAAGUAGCGGAGGCGUCCCAAAAAUACUUGACAUUCGGAACGCCAUGGGGCUGCUACUCAUGCAAACGUAUUCCAUUUGGUCUCGCAUCAGCACCAGAGGUGUUCCAGAAUCAGAUCUCAACGCUGCUGGAUGGACUAGAUAACACGGAUGUCUCGAUGGAUGAUAUAUUGAUAUAUGCAACAAGCGAAGCGAAACUAAAGGAGAUCACAGCGAACGUUAUUGACCGCCUAGAUCGCGCUGGAUUGAAGCUGAAUAAGGAAAAGUGUCGGUUCGCCGUUAGAUCCGUGAAGUUUCUUGGACACAUCGUAUCGGCGGAGGGACUGAAACCAGACGACGAGAAAAUUGUGGCAAUCAGAAGGCUGAAAGUACCGGAAACCAAGAAGUAG